AUGCAAGUCCUGACAUUCGCAUUCAUUCUGGCAUUUAUUGCUACAGUGCAGAGCUAUCCCAGCUAUAUAGCAUACGACGAUUAUGCGAAGGUGCCGGUACAUCCGUUAAGUGGAAUUUGGUUUAAUGAAGAAGCUCCAGUGCGUCAUAAACGUGAACCACAUAGACAUCGUGGCGGUUAUGGCGGCGGUUAUGGCGGCGGUUAUGGCGGCGGAUUUGACGGAUAUAACCAAGGUUUCGGAGUUUAUCCAGGAUAUCAACAAGGCUUUAGUCCAUAUCAACAAGCUCCAAUCGGGCAAGCAACUAGUCUGGCCCAAUCAAAUGCUGUUGCAAAUUCGAAUGGCGGCGCUGGCCCUGGCGGCUUUGGCAGUUCCACUGCCAUUGCAAAUGCAAAUGCAGUUAGCACCGCUGGAAAUUACCCCGGGUACAAUGGCUAA